CACGGCUGAGCAGGGCUGUCCAGGAUGGGACAUUUGGGGUUGCCCUAAGAAUGAAAGCUCGAUGGUUCGAUGGCAGAAGCUUCCAAGCUGGAUUGGGAACACGGUGGAAGGAGCCCUGGAUGUUUGUGACCCCCACUUCCCAAAGAAAAGAUGGUUCUGCUACGGCAGUUUAGGCUUCUUCUCUGGAAGAACUACAUCUUGCAGAAACGCCAGAUUUUGGUCACCAUCAUAGAGAUCUGCCUGCCACUGCUGUUUGCUGCAAUCCUCAUCGCAAUUCGCCAUCGAGUCCACUCAGUCAGCCACCCCAAUGCCAGCAUCUACAACACCGUACCGGUGGAUCAGUUGCCGGAUUUCUUCCAUUACUGGCACCCAGGUGGUCCCUGGGAGCUGGCCUACGUCCCUGCCAACAACACAGCUGUGAAGAGCAUUGUCGAGACCGUGCAGGAGAUGCUGGAUGUCGACAUCAAAGCUCACGGUUUUCUCUCUGAGAAAGACUUUGAGGACUACGUCCGGUUUGAUAACCGCUCUGGCAACGUCCUGGCUGGCCUUGUGCUUGAGCACUGCUUCCCCCACAGCCGGGAACCCCUGCCGCUCCAGGUCAGUUACAAGCUACGUUUCAAAUACAGCCCUAGAAAUGCCCCUCCGGCAGAGCAGACGGUACUGAACCCCAACCGGGACCGAGACUGGCACACCAGCUACCUCUUCCCACUGCUGCAGCUGCCGGGCCCCCGGGAACCCAGCUAUCAUGACGGCGGAACGCCAGGAUACUUCCGGGAAGGCUUCCUGGCGCUCCAGCACACUGUGGACAAGGCAAUCAUGCAAUACCACGCCAACGCUACUGCCGCGGGCCUCCUGGAUCGGGUCACUGUGGUGGUGCAGCGCUUUCCUUACCCCCCCUACAUCAAUGACCUCUUCCUCGUGGCCAUUCAGAACCAGCUUCCCCUGCUGCUCAUGCUGAGCUUCACCUACACAUCGGUCAACAUUGUCCGUGCUGUGGUGCGUGAGAAGGAGAAGAAACUGAAGGAAUACAUGCGCAUGAUGGGCCUCAGCAACUGGCUGCACUGGACCGCCUGGUUCCUCAUGUUCUUCUUCAUCUUCUUGGUAUCCAUCUUCUUUGUCACUCUUCUUUUCUGGAUUAAGGUGAGUGAGCAGGGAGCAGUGCUCACAAACAGCGACCCCACCCUCAUAUUCACUUUCCUGGCAGCCUUCUCCAUCGCGUCCAUCUCCUUCAGUUUCAUGGUCAGCACUUUCUUCUCCAGAGCAAAUGUGGCAGCUGCUACAGGGGGAUUCCUCUACUUUUUCUCCUACAUUCCCUAUUUCUUCAUCUCCCCGCGCUAUGACCUCAUGACACACGACCAGAAGCUUUCAUCCUGCCUCCUGUCUAAUGUUGCCUUGGCCAUGGGAGCUCAGUUAAUCGGCAUGUUUGAAGGCAAAGGCACUGGGGUGCAAUGGAGGGACUUGAUAAAGCCGGUCAGCGUGGACGACAACUUCACCCUGGCGCAUGUGCUGGGGAUGCUGCUGCUGGACUCCGUGCUGUACGGUCUGGUGGCUUGGUAUGUGGAGGCCGUGUUCCCAGGAGAGUAUGGCAUCCCACAGCCUUGGUACUUCUUCCUCUUGCCGUCCUAUUGGUGUGGGAGUCCCCAGACAAUUUUGGGAAAAGAGAAGGAAGAGGAGGAGGACCCAGAGAAGGCCCUGAAAAGCCAGUACCUAGAAGAGGAACCAUCGGACCUGGUGUCAGGGAUCAAAAUCAAGCAUCUGUCCAAGUCAUUCAAAGCUGGGAACAAGACCAAGCAAGCGGUACGGGACCUGACUCUUAACAUGUACGAGGGACAGAUCACAGUACUUCUGGGACACAACGGUGCUGGGAAAACUACCACUCUGUCCAUCCUCACAGGUUUGUAUCCACCGACAAGUGGCCAGGCUUAUAUCAAUGGCUACGAGAUCACCCAGGACAUGACUCUGAUCCGGAAAAGUCUUGGCCUGUGCCCUCAGCAUGAUGUCCUCUUUGACCAUAUGACCGUGGAAGAGCACCUGCGCUUCUACUCCGGGCUGAAAGGUUACCCUGUGGAGAAAUGCCCGGAGGAGAUCAGCCGCAUCCUGUACAUCCUCAAUCUACAGGAGAAACGCGCCUGCCUUUCAAAGGCCCUCUCUGGCGGGAUGAAGCGGAAGCUCUCCAUCGGCAUCGCAUUCAUUGGAGACUCCAAGGUGGUGAUGCUGGACGAGCCGACGUCGGGCAUGGAUCCCGUCUCUCGCCGGGGCACCUGGGAGCUGCUGCAGCAGCAGCGCAGCAGCCGCACCAUCCUGCUCACAACGCACUUCAUGGAUGAGGCGGAUCUGCUGGGCGACCGCAUCGCCAUCAUGGCCAAGGGGGAGCUCCAGUGCUGCGGAUCGCCCCUCUUCCUCAAGCACAAGUACGGUGCAGGAUACCACAUGGUGAUGGUGAAGGAGCCCUGUUGCAACCUUGGGGAAAUCGCCCGCCUCAUUCACCAUUACGUGCCCAAAGCCUCCCUGGAAAGCAAUGCUGGAGCGGAGCUGUCCUUCAUCCUGCCCAAAGAGAGCACCCACAGGUUUGAGGCUUUGUUCACAGAGUUGGAAUUAAGGAGGGAAGAACUGGGCAUUGCCAGUUACGGAGCCUCAGUCACCACGAUGGAAGAAGUAUUCCUCAGAGUUGGCAAGCUGGUGGAUUCCAGCAUGGACAUCCAAGCCAUCCAGCUGCCAGCUUUGCAGUACCAGCACGAACGGCGAUCCAAUGACUGGACCGUGGACGACUCCAGCAGCCUCAGUGGAACGACGGACCUGACCGAUGACAGCGGAGCUCUGAUCACAGAAGAUUGCUCCAGCAUCAAGCUGAACACGGGGUUCUAUCUCUGCUGCCAACAGUUCUUUGCCAUGUUUAUGAAGAGGGCCACAUACAGCGGGCGCAACUGGAAGAUAGUAGUCGCACAGUUCUUGGUGCCCCUGAUUUUCACCACCUUCGCCCUGGUUGUGGCCAAGACCUUUCCAGGUCCCCGGGACUCCUCCCUGCUGAAGCUGACCCUCAACCUGUACGGCAGGACAACGGUGCCUUUCUCUGUCUCCCAAGGACCCAGCGUAGCCCAGAGACUGGCAGAGCAGUAUAAGGAAGUAGUUGGUGCUCAGCACCAAGCGCCAGUAGAGGUGGUUGGCAACCUGCAGGAAUAUCUGAUUUCUCGAGCAUCUGAAGAGGGUGGAGCCUUUAACGAGCGCUACAUCGCAGCGGCUUCCUUCAAGGAAACCAAGGACCGGACACGGGUCGUGGCCCUCUUCAACAACCAGCCGUACCACUCGUCCGCGGCAGCACUGUCGCUGGCAGACAACGCCUUGCUGAAGCUGCUGGCUGGCCCCAAUGCAUCCAUCACAGUUGCGAACUACCCACAGCCCCGCAAUGUGACCGAGACUGCAAAGGACCAGCUCAUGGAAGGCCAGACGGGCUUUGCCAUCGCAGUCAACCUGCUGUACGGAAUGUCCUCCCUGUCCAGCACCUUUGCACUCCUCCUCGUCAGUGAAAGGGCCACCAAGGCCAAGCACGUGCAGUUCGUCAGUGGCGUCUACGUCGCCAGCUUCUGGCUCUCGGCCCUCCUGUGGGACCUGCUCAGCUUUCCCAUCCCCUGUGUUUUCAUGCUGGUGAUAUUCCAAGCCUUCGAUGUGAAAGCUUUCACCCAGGACAACCAUCUGGUGGAUGUAAUGCAGAUCUUUCUCCUCUAUGGCUGGGCCAUCAUCCCCCUCAUGUACCUGCUCAGCUUCUUGUUCUCUGUGGCAUCCACAGCCUAUACCUGCCUCACCAUUUUCAGCAUCUUCUCAGGCACAGCCACCUUUCUGGCAGUCACAAUCAUGAGUUUUCCAGAGCUGGGGAUGCUGGACCUCUCCAAGGUGCUGGACAAGGUGUUUCUCAUCCUACCCAACUACUGCCUGGGCCAAAGCAUCAGCGAAUUCUACCAGAAUUAUGAGUUCAUGAAGUUCUGCACUUCCUCUCUUGAGGCUUCCAUUGUCUGCCGGGCAUUUAAUAUAAGCUACCAAAAAAAUUAUUUUGCCUGGGAGAAGCCUGGGAUUGGCAAAUACUUGACCUCCAUGGCAGUGCAAGGGCUCACCUUUCUCCUCCUCCUGUUUCUCAUCGAGACCAACCUCCUUUGGCGACUGAGGACCAUCGUCUGUGACAUGCGCCGGAGGCGGAAAUGGGUGAUGCUGCUCAACAGAGCCCCCGUCCUGCCUGAAGACCGGGAUGUUGCAGACGAGCGGAAGAAGGUUUUGGAGUCGCCGACGUCAUCGCUUUCGUCACUGAACAGUCCCCUCGUCAUCAAGGAGCUUACUAAGGUGUACAGCAGCAGGGACUCGUGCCUGGCCGUGGACAGAAUCUCCCUGGCGGUCAACAAGGGCGAGUGCUUCGGCCUCCUCGGUUUUAACGGGGCGGGCAAAACGACCACCUUCAAGAUGCUGACCGGGGACGAGACCAUCACGUCCGGAGAUGCCUUUGUGGACGGGCACAGCAUUCUGGCCAAUAUCAAGAAGGUCCAGCAGCGAAUUGGCUACUGCCCUCAGUUCGAUGCCCUUUUGGACCACAUGACGGGGAGAGAGACCCUGAGCAUGUACGCCCGGCUGCGGGGCGUCCCGGAGCGCUACGUCGGCAGCUGUGUGGAGAACAUGCUGCGAGGGCUGCUCUUGGAGCCACACGCGAACAAGCUGGUCAGGACAUACAGUGGCGGCAACAAGCGGAAACUGAGUGCCGGAAUAGCCCUGAUCGGAGGGCCCUCCGUCAUCUUCCUGGAUGAGCCCUCCACCGGCAUGGAUCCUGUGGCGAGGCGCCUGCUCUGGGAUGCGGUCGCCAGGACAAGGGAAUGUGGGAAAUCCAUCAUUAUUACUUCUCACAGCAUGGAGGAGUGUGAGGCCUUGUGCACCAGGCUGGCCAUCAUGGUGAAUGGACAGUUCAAAUGCCUGGGCAGCCCUCAGCACCUGAAGAGCAAAUUUGGCAGUGGCUACACCCUGCUGGCAAAAACCCACAGCGACGGGGAGGACAACCUGCAGGCCUUCAAGUCGUUCGUGGAGAAAACGUUCCCAGGGAGUGUCCUAAAGCAUGAACAUCAGAAUAUGGUGCAUUAUCACCUCAUUGAUAAGACACUCAGCUGGGCACAGGUGUUCGGGGCACUAGAGAAAGCCAAAGAGAAGUACUGUGUGGAGGAUUAUUCCAUCAGCCAGAUCUCGCUGGAGCAAGUUUUUAUGAGCUUUACCCAUUUCCAGCACUACACGGAGGAUCAAGGGAAGUGAGGCGAGAGCUGCCCCUUCGCCUGCACUGUGGACUGACCUGCUGCCUAUACAUCGUAUACAUUGAGACUGUAAUUUAUAUCAUCAUCCACCAUGUCUUUCAACGGUGCAUCAAGGAUGGACGUUUCCAGUUGGCUGGUGGGAAGGGGGAGGCUCCCACUUGUGUUGCGCCCCCGGGUUCAAGAGGGAGCGUGUGCAUGGGUUGUCUUUGUCGGUCUGUAUGUUCAUGUGGGUGAGGCCUGGGAAGGGAAAGACAGGGCGGCCUUUCCGGGGUCUCGCCACCCCUCCAAGCCGACGAGAAGGGGCCGCCCGUUGGCACUCACUGGUCUCGUGCUGACUGACGUGACUCGGUGUCUGUCUGCCGGAACACUGUUCCUUCCCUCCUCUCCCCCAGAGCUUCCACCAGGUGGGGGCCGCCCCACGGCCCCCUGCAUGCUGCUGCCUGGGUGCUUUAGCAACGCACACGUAGGUAGGGCUGCGACCCACAUCUGUCCGUGCAAGCAACUGCCCCUUGUCACAUCUCUGUCUUGCUGAGCCUGCCUUUCCCCAUCCACAUCCUCCAGUGGCCAAGAGCAAGAGGAGGGCAAAGAAACACGCGACGGAUCAGGACCCCCACUCUGGGGCUGGCUUGGGGGCAAGUCCUUGAUUUUACAGAUGGGGGUAUGAUGCCGUUUGCUUUCCAGCGAAGUGUGAGAAUGAAUAUAGUGUUGUUAUAGCCCUUCUAGUAGGAAUUCCAUGGGCACCAUUCUUUUUUUUUUUUUUUUUGAGGGGUGGGGGGUUGAAAUCCUCUGAAAUGCUGCACUCACAGUGCUGCACCCUUGUCUCUCCUCCUCUUCAUGAUGAAUGUCUUUCGCAGCGGAUGGCUUCCUUCAGGCUCCUGGUGCAGGGCAGUUCCACAGGCGGCUUUGAUGUCAGUUAGAGAGGCAUUGCUCGGUAAUGUACUGCUCCCAAUUUCCUCCUUCUGGGAGCCACUGGGGAACCCUCCCUGCGAGCUGCUCUAAUUCACUGCAAAGAGUUGGGACUGUCAGUUAGACAGACCUGCCUUUCCGUCUGCUGCUAUGACACAGUUCGCAGUGGCUGCACAGCCCCUCUCUGAAACCUGCAUGCCCAGGCACGUGGCACCCGGCUGAGUGGGUCCGAGCGUCUGGCACCGAAGGCAUGUCGUUACGUGGAUUCAGCACUCUGCCCGCUUUUCGGGCUGGUCACCCUUGCACAAGAGAGCCAUGGGCUGAGAAAUGCUGCUUUUUCUCCCCUGAGGCCUGUAGGGACCCAAAGCAGCUGUUAACCACCCUGUGAGUUAAGCUGGGCUUAAAUCCCACCAGGGAAGCCUACGCUUUGUGUGUAGAAAUAUCCAGCCCUGGCUGCAAGGUGCUUCCCAGCAUCUGCCAAUCAGCACCGGGCUGUCAGGGGGUGAUGGAAGUUGUAGUCCAGCACAUGCAGCAUCUAAACUGGAGAAGCCUGCUCUAAGAUAAGCAGGAGACCUCCCCACCGAGGGCUAGCCCCGCGUUCUCAGCAUGGAUGAACAUAUAUCUGCAAAAAGAAAAAAAGAGCCGGGAACACCUACAGUAAAAUGAGAUCUUUCUGUUCAAA